CUUUCAAAAUCUUAGUUCUCUUAUUAUCUUGCCUCAGUGAUCAUUUCUCAAUGCCUCCUCACCCCAGGAGCCUCAGAAGCCCCCAGCAGGCCAGCUCUCCUCCUGCAGCACCUCCAGAGGAUGAAGGUCUCCGUGGCCACCAUCUCCUCUCUCCUCUUCCUCAUCACCGUCACUCUAGGGGCCAAGACUGAGUCCUCCUCACGAGGGCCUUUCCACCCGGCAGAGUGCUGCUUCUCCUACAUUACCCACACCGUCCCACAUCAUCGAAUCGCGGAUUACUAUGAGACCAGCGGCGAGUGUCCCAAGCCUGGAGUUGUCUUCAUCACCAAAAGGGGCCAAUCCAUCUGUGCCAACCCCAAAACUGAGUGGGUCCAGGACUACCUGAAGGACCUGGAGGAGAACUGAGUGAUCCAGAAGUGCUGCCGAAGGGCACAGCUCGGUGAUCUAAAGAGAAGAAGCCAAGCCCCCUCCACCUGCCCCUCUGCCCAGCCACCUCCCACACACACAAACUGCCCUAUCCUGAAUUAAAGACAAUCCAUGCCCUUCCCUGCCUUCAUU